CGAUUGAAUCAUUAAUUAAAUUUAUAGCAGUCGAAGAAGCGGCUAGUAACAACCAAUUAUGUAACGAUUAUUCGAUGAUUUUACUCAAUAAUGAGGAAUUUUAAGUGAUUUAAUAAAAUAAAAAUAGUCGAUUCAUCUAUGUCAAGUGGACUCGAACGCAAGAAAAGCCGCAAGGACGAUGAGCGAAUUUCAGGACAUUCUGAACACAGCGAAAAGAAAGUGUUACGCGAGCAAAACCACCGAAAUUAUCACUGGGAAAUUCUGCGAAUUGAUUUUCGACGAUAUCUUGUGCUGGCCGCCGACUCCCGCUGGACUUUUGGCCAACCAGUCGUGCUCGAACGAGUACAUAAAAUGGACCAGAAACAACUACGCCACCAGACAAUGCGACAGUGACGGCCAGUGGUUUAUCCCCGAGAAUUCGACCGAAUCAUGGACCAACUACAGUCAAUGUGGUAACAUUUCCGAAUUUUAUCCGAUUUUAGAUGACUCGCUCCGCAACCACACUCUGUAUAACAAGUGGCUACCAAUUAUCAAAAAUAUUACUCAGUGUGGCUACAUUUUAUCAACGGUCUCACUAAUUAUAUCUUUGUUUGUCUUCAUACGUAUCAAGCGAUUACACUGCGCUCGAAAUAAGCUUCACAUUCACUUAUUUGCCUCGUUUGUAAUGAGGGCCCUCAUGUCUCUGAUAAAAGACGGAUUGUUCAUCGAGGGGACGGCCUUACCGCAUGAAAUUAUUCAAAUAAAUGGAAAGCUAGUUUACAACAAAACUAAUUUCUCCUGGGUUUGUAAAGCUAUAAUAAGUCUCUGGAAUUAUUUCAUAAUAUCAAAUUACAUGUUUCUUCUGAUGGAGGGCGCCUAUUUACACAACUUGCUCUUUUUGAAAUUGCUUUCGGAAAACGGGGUUGUAAUUUAUUACAGUUUGGGGUGGGGGAUCCCCCUGCUUUUCAUAAUUCCGUGGAUUGUUCUAAAGGCCGGGAAUGAAAAUAUUUACUGUUGGACAACAAAAUCCAGUAAAUUUAUUGCAAUGUUGAUUGAUGUCCCGAUCGGACUUACGGUGGUUAUCAAUUUCAUUUUAUUUACAAUAAUCGUCCGAAUACUUUUCGUGAAACUGACUUCGAUGUACAUUCAGCAGCGCUGGACCAAGUACCAAAAGCUCAUCCGUGCUAUUUUAAUUUUGGUGCCUCUGUUCGGGAUCCCUUACACGAUUUCGUUCGUGUUAUCGUUCUAUGCGCUGGAGGACCAGACGUUUGAAAUAAUGUGGUUAUUUUUUGACCAGACUUUUACAGCGUUUCAAGGACUUUUUGCCAGUUUGGUUUAUUGCCUCUUGAACAGCGAGGUUCAGAUGGAGAUAAUGCGAAAAUAUAACUCUUUCAAGGACCGCAAUCGGGAGUUUAAGAGGCGAAGUCGCACGAUCUCGCACACGCAACAGAUUCCGCUGACUGAAGAGUUGCAAGAAAUGCCGCACAACGCGGGGAUUAAAGAUCAGCUGUGCAUUAACAAAACAAGUGAUUAUUUUUAAGUUUAUUUAUUGUAGCUUUAGUUCCACACACAAUAAACUUAAGUAAUUUAUUUUC